GCGCGGGGCCGGGACUUGCGAGCAGCAGCAACAAUGGCUGCGCCGGGCUCGGGCUCGCCGCUGCUGCUGCUGCAGCCGCUCAGCGUCUUCCUCGGGCUGCCCGUGGACCAGGUGAACUUCGUGGCAUGCCUUCUGCUCGCGCUGCUCGCCGCGUGCUGGUUCCGGCUCUACCUGCACCCCAGCCAUGCCAGCCCUGCAGUCCGCCACUCGGUGGCCACCUUCCUGGGAAUUUACCUGGCCAUCUUCUGCUAUGGCUGGUACACGCUGCACUUCUUCGCACAGGUGACCAUAUCCUACUACGUCUUGCUCUUCGCCAACGGCAAGCACGUGCACAUAUACAGCUUCAUCAUCGCCAUGGGCUGCCUGUCCCUGUGCCAGAUAAAGUUUUUCAUCUUUGACUACGGCAUCUACUCAACGGACUUCACGGGGCCCAUGAUGGUGAUGGCACAGAAGAUCACCACCCUCGCCUACUCGGUGCACGAUGGGAUCGGGCGGAAGGACGAAGACCUGAGUCCGGAGCAGCGGCGCUACGCUGUGAGAGUGCGGCCAACCCUGCUGCAGUACUACAGCUACAACUUCAACUUCCUGAGCAUCCUGACGGGCCCGUGCUGCGCCUACAAGGACUACCUGGCCUUCAUGGAGGGGCGGCAUUUAGCGCCGCAGCAGUCCGGCGUGGGAACGGCGGCCGCGGGGCCGGAGGAGGCCUCCCUGGCCGCGUGCGGUGGCGACAGCGGCAAGCGUCCGCGCUGCGAGCCCUCCCCGCUGAGCGCGGUGAUGUACAAGCUGGCCGUCGCUCUCGUGUCGCUGGGGCUGCACCUCACGGUGGCCCGGGGCUUCCCCGUCAACUACAACGUGGACGAGCGCUUUGUGCAGACCGAGCCGCUGCAUUUCCGCCUCUGCUACCUCUUCGUGUCGAUCCAGGCGGCGAGGCCCAAGUACUACUUCGCUUGGUCCAUCGCGGACGCGAUCAACAACGCGGCGGGGUUCGGGUUCAACGGCUACCACAAGAACGGCGAGGCUCGCUGGGACCUCAUCUCCAACCUCAACAUCUGGAACAUUGAGACUGCCACCAGCUUCAAGAUGUUCCUGGACAACUGGAACAUGAUGACGGUUCGGUGGCUCAAAUACGUGUGCUACGACCGUGUCAAGACGUACCCGACGGUGGCCACGUUCGUGCUUUCGGCGGCGUGGCACGGUGUCUACCCCGGAUACUACUUCACCUUCCUCACCGGCAUCAUCAUGAGCCUCUCUGCACGCGCUAUGCGCAACAACUUCCGGCACUACUUCCUGGGCUCCAAGACGGUGAAGGUGGCGUACGACGUGGUGACGUGGGCCGCCACGCAGCUCUCCAUCUGCUACACGGUGGCGCCCUUCGUCAUGUACGGCAUGAAGCCAGCGCUCGACUUUUACCGGUCCAUGUACUACUGCCUGCACGUGGUGACAGUGGUCAUCCUCCUGGUGCUUCCCAUCAGGGCGCGACCUCCGACCCCGACGGUCACGGCCAGCGGCCCCACCAACCACACCCAGGCCAGGAAAACACAGUGACCCGCCGCAAGGGCCCGGAGCGGUCCCUGGCCUCGUGGACUCCACUCACAGCUGACCGAACGAACGAACGACUGUCCGACCGUCCGACUGUCCGACCGUCCGACUGUCCGACCGUCCCGCCUGUCCGACCGUCUGACUGUCCGACCGUCCGAUUGUCCGACCGUCCGACCGUACGACCGUCCAAUUGAUUGACCAAACGACUAUCCGACCGUCCGAUUGACUGAAUGACCGACUGACUGACCGCAGUCGACAACCGGCGGAAAGAGGGCUACGGCGGGCGCUUUUGUUUGAUACAAAUUUUAAAUGUUCAGAACAAAUGAAAUCAACACUGGGGUCUCGGCGUGAGCUCCCCAAGGUCGCCCCUCCUCACCUUAAAGGAAGACACAACGCAAAAAAACAAACAAUUGGGCUUGAUUUUACUCGGUUAUGAAUAUGAUCUUGAGGCGUCAGUUAAAAUCAGAUUACGUCAGUAAUUAAUGAAUUUUGCCUUCCGACUCCAGCUCCCAGCUAUGGGGCAGAAUACCCCAUAGCUCCCGUUGCACUGGGCUUCAAAGGCUAAAAUGCAGCUCCCACAAUGCACUGUCUUGUCGCGUGGGAAGCUGGGAUCAUGGGGCUCCCAUCGCAUCACCACAGUGUGGUUGCGACGUCACACAAGGGCGCAACGCAAUGGUGGUGAGCCUGGAAGUCAUUUGGCUUUGACUUUCAAGUAUUUUUUUUUAUUUAAGAAGCUUCAUCCUUGUGUCGCCCAGCCUGCAACCGACGGCCGGGACCGAGAUGGGCGUGUAAAGUAAGAAAAGAUAUAUAACCAGUUGAUUUUUUUGGGGAAGUGUCUUCUUUUAACCUACAGCAGCACCCCCCUUCCCCCUGUGCCCCCCCCCCUCCCCCCGGGGCUUCACAGCUGAAAAAGAAGUGCCACGUUGAAUACGGAGAUUCCUGAAGCCACGCGCUUUUCGAGGCCACGGUCGUUAGGGAAAUCUACCGUUGGUUUUGGUCGAAUCUCUUUUCUUUUCCGCGCCGCCCUUCCCCCCGACCAUUGUCGCGAUGGCAGAAACGGUUUGCCCGACCGCGAGCGGCGUGCGUGAGAAGCUCCGGGUUCAGCGCUGUCCGUGGGGGCGUGACGAGUGCCGGACCGUGUACCCGGCACCCUCUGCCGAUGUUUGCUUAAACGGCCUUGUGGGUAAAUAGACUUAACGAGCAGCGAGCCGGGAGGGCAAGAGUGGCGCCCUCCUGAAGACACCGUCAUUUGUCGCUAAACAAGUCUGCUAAGAGGGCACAAUCUUAGGCGGGAUGGUAUUUAAAAUCCUUGCAAUCGAUGCGUAAUGCAUUAUAUAUCGUAAAAACGUAUGAACACAAAAGUCACAAAAUACCACAAGCAGCUAAACAAGAAUGCAAAGGUCUGUUUGAACACUGUGAGUUGCCGAGACGAGGGCUUUUAACCCCCGCUGGCCUUAUUGGGAAAACCCAGAUGGGGGGUGGAUGGUUUGGGUGUGCCGCAGACCUUUGUGGGAGUGUCGUCAAUUAUGAUACCGGGCUUCAUGACCGAUCGCUCGUUUGUUCGGGGUGUUAAAAAACGCCGCAGGUUUUAACUUCCGGGGCGUGGUACGCGUUUUGCCAAACGUCCGCUGUCCGCGUGUGUUUUGUCGUGCCGAUUUUUUUUUUUUAGCAGAGCGCCAGCUCUAUUUAUUUUGCAAACAUGCUGUGUUUCAAAUGUCCUGGGGUGCAUCCAAGUGCUCGUAAACUUCACCUAAAUGUUCACGCGGGGGUUGAACGACGCCAGUUGAGAGGGAAGCGUGAGAGCGUUCAUGGCGACCACGUAAGAAGUGCUUACCAAAACCUCAAACAAUACGGACGCCAGUAACUUUUAACCCGUAAAACACUAACCCAACAAUACGCAUACCAAAAAUAGCGACGAGCUCAAUGAAAACGGGGCUUGCCUGUGCAAGCCUGUGGGGCCCACACCUUCUUCGCGAGUCACAGAAUUGCAGCGUCUACCCCUGGACGGGUCUGCUUCUGCACCGCCCCUGCACACGGCAUUCGCGCUCUAACACGGUGAGCUCGUGACACUGCCUCCGUGGAACACCCGGCACAGACCAACUGCCCUGACCCCCGGCACGGACGGGCACCGCUGACCUUAGCGCACACCGACACCGCCGCUGGAGCAAUGCAUUUUCAAACGUCGCAGCGUAUGCCAACGAUUUCGGUCGAGGGCCCUCUGGCUGUAUGCAGUAAAAGCCACAUUUUUUUACGGUGCUAAAUGUUUUUAUGUUUUUUCACCAAAUGAAGCUUCGCACUUGUGUUGUACAGCCGCUGAUGCACAGACUGGUUCCACAACCGACAAAGAAAAAAUGACUGCAUUUUGUUUCAUAUUUGGA